GAGCGGUCCCAGAGGCUCCCGGCGCGGCCCCUCACGGGAUUUCCCCCGGCCGGCCUGUCCCUCCCGACCUCAGAAGGAGCAGCAGGGGCGGGCACUCUUGCUUCUAGGCUGUGCUUGCGGUCGGUAGCGAGGCAGGGGGCAUUAGUCCAGGGGAAGGCCGGGAAGGGCUUUCCAGGCGGGCGCCUCAGGCUUUGUCAGGCCGGCGGGGCAGCUCCAGCAGGCCCGGCUGGGCCUGGAUCUGGCCCUCUCGUGCAAGAGUAUGUCUGGUAUCGUUGCCCACACCAAUGUGUCACAGUUUAUUGGGAAAAAAAACAAUCAGUGUUAUAAAAAAGCCUGUCAUUUAGCAACAUCGGUGGGAGCAGAGGAGUUUCAAUGCUUUGUGAAGCCAAGCCCUGGAUAUUCCAUGGAAAUGAAACAUAGAUCCAGUGUAGGGAAGGGUGCAGGAGAUGGGAGGCUGGUUUCAGCUCGGUUGCUGUUAAUUAUUAGUGGCAAAUUAAGUUUUAGUAAGUACUGAAUAGGCAGGUAUCUCUCAGGCAAAGAGAAUAUUUCAAAUUCCCAUGAUUUUCUAAGCCAGAUAAACCAGAUUUUUUCUUGUUGUCUAUCCACUAUGCAGGCUGUAAGAUUUCUUUCUCUUUACUUACAUAUUUAUUCAGUAUAAAUAAAUGUUGCAUUGCAGCUUUCAACAGGCACAGCUGGAGACUGUAGGAAGACACAUGCCAAAGUGAGUGUCAAUCCCCUGAGACACCUGCAAGAGGUAGAACACUGCAUGGCAAAGCAGCACUUGCCACAGGUACAUCACUGGGUUCCUCUGGCAAGACUCUUCAGCAGCUUGCGGGGAAGAGUUUUAUCCCAGUCAGACAACUGUGCCUCAAAGUAUCAGGUUUUGCGUAAGGCUAAGACAUCUAUCCAGAAGCUGGAGCAAACCUUGUGUUCUUUGCUGAAGAUGAAAGCGAGCUGCAGUCUGGAGGAUGGGAGCCCAUCCAGCUUGGAGGAAGUCAGGGAGGAAUAUGUCAGGAGGCAAUUCGGCAGUCCCAGCACUACAUCAGCCUCAGAAGAUAUAAGUGAAAGUGACUCUGCCAUCUGGUAUUUGCUUCAAGAAUGUGAAAAACAAACACUGGAAGAAUAUGGGAAGCCAGAACUGACCCAGUUUUCAGACACUUUAUCCCCAGAUCUAGUGGAAUUUGAACGAUACCUGUAUUUUUAUAAGCACACAGUGGACCUGCUGAUAGAGCAUGGAGUUAUUUGCACUGGAGAGGUGCCUCUUCCUGAGGUCUCCACAGCUAUUUCCCAUCUCUGGCAAGAGCUUUCUGAAGAGAGCAGGGACAGCAUCUUGCAGUACUGUAGCCAGAGAGAUUUCCUCAUGGAUCCCAAGGCUGCUUGCCCAGAGCCUGCUUGCACUGAAGGUAGUGUGAGGGACAGCGGAGGUAACAGUGAGGAAGCCAGUGGUUCCUCAGUCUCCACACCAGAGGAAGUGAUGUUUGAAGAUGCAUUUGACGUUGCUGCUGGUUUCCUUGACAGAAGCAAGGCUCAGGGAAUGUCCAGCCAGAGUUCAGCAUUUGCAAGCUGCACUUCUGAAAAUCCAGAGGAUCACCAGAGACUCUAUCUGCAGGUCACUGACUUCCUAAAACACCUCUUCUUCACUAAUGCACAGUUUUCCCAGAAGUUCGGAUCCAUCUCAAAGCAAACAGAUUGAGACAGUUAUGAAAGUGGUUGCAGAGCAGGGAUAGAAGAUGUUCCAGCUAGCUUGAAAAACACCAACUCAGGCAGCAGCAGAGAGAUCAGUAUAGGCUACUCACCUUACCCCAGAAAUUGUGCUACUCAGAGCAUCAGAGACUCCUGGACUUGACAGGGAAAGGAACCCAUCCUGCUUACCUUAUGGGUAUGACUGAACCUCUGCAGACCAUUCCCCUGCCCCUGAUGUGGUACCUGUGCUGGUGCCGUGCUAGCACAGCAGUUUGGGCAGUGCUGGCAUAAAUUAUCUCAAGGAUAAAGCAGUGUCCCAGUACACUGUGCACACACCUUGUAGAAGAUACAGAGGUGGGUAGCAAGUACAGUAAGUACCGAGGUAAGGCGUGCACCCCACUGAAAUACAAAAGGCAGCCCAUGGUCUCCUUUCCUUUCACCUGCAGAGCUGACGAGGUGAUGGUUUUUAUUGCUGGUCAUUCGUGCCACUGCCAUCUUCUGUCAUUUCUGGUUAACUGUCCAGGUACAACUACAACUACUGCUGUUGGAUUGUGGAUGGUCACUGUUCCACAGUCACAGAGCUACUGAGCACAGCUCCUCUUGAGCCGCUGCCCUGGCUCUCAAGGCUGCCAAGGGCAUGCACCCAUGGAAUAAAAAGCUUCAGAAAAACUCGCACAAGAGGAGGGGGGAAAUAAUUUGGACGAGGAAAGGAAGAGGUCUUAAAAGGGCAGGGACUCCAAAAUGAGAACAGGAGCAUGCUUCUAUAGUAUGUGAUAGAGAAAUAUUUCUGAGCAUGAGAUCAGUUACGCAAUCCUGUAAUUUUUCAAGAGCUGCUGUCUUAAGAUCAUAUCAUGUGAGAAGCUUAGCAGCAAAGGCAGGAAAGAGUUAAUUUAGACUGAGAUCCAAAGGUUUUACCUGAAAGAAACUCAGUGGGUUUUUUUCCUAAAUAGUACUGAGCACCUUUGUGUCUUCAAAGGCACGCUUUCUUUUAAAAUUAUGGAUUUUAGAUGAAUCACUUGACAAGCAAGUGGUAUUUAGUGCUCCUUAAGCUAUACAUUUUUAAACAGCAGCUAUUUUUAAAAGCAGUAUUUUAUUGAAGAUUCUUGCAUCAAUGCAGAGACGGACUAGAUGGACUGCAGACAUGAACACUUUUAUCUUCCAGACUUUGAUUUUCAAGAGCCACUUUUUCUCUGUAAACUGGUGAAAGAGAAGACCAUUUCAUUCUGUUGCUAAAAGUGGAGAAAAGCCUGAAGGUGGCAGAACUUAAGGCCUCAAGGAGUCUGUUAUAUGACAUACUUGCUACCACAGUCAGUAACAGCUGUCUAGAUGGUGUAAAUAGACACAGGGUGGAGGCCUGUGAUUUUAGGAGGAAAUUGGCAGAAAAUUUGAGCCAUUCUUCAUCAGGCACCUCAGAAACUCACCAAGUGCUGGUGGCUGAUUCAGAGAGGAGGGAGGGCUCGUGCUCCAUUUGCUGGUACAUCAGCUUUUGACCAAGUUGCUGUAUAUUUGAAAUUCAAAACUCCUCUGGUUUUUAAUCCUGCUUGACUUUGGGGGGGC